GUUUCUUUUAAAUAACUUUUCCUAAAGCGAAUAAAAUAAUAACAGAAAAAUGGAUUUAAUAUCUCAAGCAGAGUCAAAACCGCUUUCUUCACUGUCGGUAUUCAGCUUCAUACCAGCUAGACGAAGUGAACCUAAAGAAAGAACCUAUUUCAACUCGAAUAGCAAGGCACCGGAAAUAUAUUCGUAUGACUGUGUGCAUCAUCGAGCUGAAGGAUUUAAUAAUAAGCUGCACAGAGACGACCGGGUGCACGCCAAGAGUCACGGCCUGGAUCUUCACUCUGAGGAACUUUCCAGGCCUGUAGCCGUGCGCUCGUCAUCCGAAUACGGCCGACGGCUGCCGGCACUGUCGCACAAACCCAACCGGCAGUUCGCCCGAGUCGCUCACAUCCGUGCCGAGUUCUACAGGAAAAAUGGGAUAACGACAGUGGAGGAGGCGUACGGCUCUGUCGCCCCUGCCUGAGCGUCUCUUACCACACCUGAUAUCAAUACAGAGAUUUUUACACAUCA